UCAAUCACCGUCGCAAACAACAAAAUCACAGUCUCCACCGUUCCUCUCAACGGAGCCAAAACCCUAAUCCUAACUAUACUUGGCGGUUUCGCUCUUUCGUUCUUAACAAACCAAUUCGAACCUCUCUCUCUCUCUCUCUCUACAAUGGCGAAGAAGAAGGAGAAGAAGGUGAACGUCUCUGGAAAACCGAAGCACUCUCUGGACGUAAACCGCAGCAAUGAGGCGAAGAAUGAGUCGCGCUCCGCCGCCACCGUGCGCCGCCUCAAGAUGUACAAAACCAGGCCCGUCCGCGACCGUAAGGGAAAAGUCCUCUCCAACGAGUAUCAGUCCAAGGACCUUCCGAGCACGCGAAUCCAACCCGAUCGAAGAUGGUUCGGGAACACUCGUGUUGUGAAUCAGAAGCAGCUCGAGUUCUUCCGAGAAGAGCUGCAGAGUCGCAUGUCAAGUAAUUACAAUGUGAUUCUCAAGGAGAAGAAGCUGCCGCUGUCGCUGCUCAAUGAUCACCAGAAGCAAGCUAGGGUUCAUUUGCUUGAUAGAGAGCCUUUCCAAGAUGCAUUUGGACCUAAGACUAAGAGAAAGCGCCCUAGCCUCUUGGCAGCUGACUAUGAGUCCUUACUGAAGAAAGCUGAUGGUUCUCAAGAUGCUUUUGAACAGAAGUACAGUUCAAGUGUAUCUACAGAAUCUAAUGAUGGAGAUGGAUUUAGGGAUUUAGUGCGGCAUACCAUGUUUGAAAAGGGUCAAAGUAAACGCAUAUGGGGUGAGCUUUACAAAGUGAUAGAUUCUUCGGAUGUUGUUGUCCAGGUUCUAGAUGCAAGGGAUCCACAAGGCACAAGGUGUUACCAUUUAGAGAAGCAUUUGAAGGAAAAUUGUAAGCAUAAACAUAUGGUGCUUUUAUUGAACAAGUGUGAUCUAGUUCCUGCUUGGGCAACAAAAGGAUGGCUUAGAGUUUUGUCAAAGGAAUUUCCAACUCUAGCAUUCCAUGCAAACAUUAACAAGUCCUUUGGAAAAGGUUCUCUUCUAUCAGUUCUGAGGCAGUUUUCUCGAUUGAAACGUGAUAAGCAAGCAAUAUCUGUUGGAUUUGUUGGAUAUCCAAAUGUCGGGAAGUCAUCAGUGAUAAACACAUUGCGUACAAAGAAUGUCUGCAAGGUUGCUCCAAUUCCCGGGGAAACAAAAGUAUGGCAAUAUAUUACUCUUACAAAGAGGAUCUUUCUGAUUGAUUGUCCAGGUGUUGUCUACCAGAACAAAGAUUCUGAAACAGAUGUCGUGUUGAAGGGUGUGGUACGUGUAACUAAUUUGAAAGAUGCUGCAGACCAUAUAGGCGAGGUUUUGAAACGAGUGAAGAAAGAGCAUUUGGAGAGGGCAUACAAAAUAAAAGAGUGGGAUGAUGAAAAUGACUUCUUACUGCAACUUUGCAAAUCCAGCGGCAAACUUCUGAAGGGUGGUGAGCCUGACCUAAUGACUGCAGCAAAGAUGAUACUUCAUGACUGGCAGAGGGGUAAAAUUCCCUUUUUUGUUCCUCCUCCAAGGCAGGUUGACUUGUCUGAGGAACCUAAUGUUAAUGGUGUUAACUUAGAUGAUUCAGUUGACGGCAAUGAGGCAUCUGCUGCUAUUAAGGCUAUUGCAGAUGUUCUUUCAUCGCAGCAGCAAAUAAGUGUACCUGUUCAAAAGGAUUUAUAUAGUGAGAAUGAGUUGAAGGGGGAAGCUAUUGACCAACUUCAAAACACUGACGAAGAAGAUAUUCUGACCCCUGACAGCAACACAUCUGAACAGGAUCCAGCUACUGAGAUUCCAUCUGAGUAGCUUCUUUCUGCUAAGGCAACCAGUGAGCCAUAACUUAGGUCGAGGUUAUAGCUGUUGGGGAAGUUUUAUGUAAAUUACCAGUUCAUUUUAUUUCCAUCCUCUAAAAAGCUUUGAAGAAAACAAGCUCCUUUACCCUCCACAUCAUUUAUGCGCGAGGUCAGUUUGGCAGUUUCAUGUUGGGACUUCAUCUACCUCACAAAUAUGCUUGUCAAAUGCAUCAAUUUUGCUAUGGGGAAUGCUGUUUUUUUUCAUCUAAAUCAUGUUUAAAUGGAAGGCCAUUGACUGGCUGAUCUUUGGACUCUUGAGAUAGAGGGAAGAUACACUGCUAUGGAGACCAUAAGAACAUGCAGGAUUUUUGGGUUUGCUGAGCUCUAGUUUUAUUUUUUCUUUUUUUUUGGAUCAAAGCAUUAGUUUUAGCGAUAUAGAUUUUGCACUAUAAUGUGGAAAUUUUGUAUUAUUUGCCAACCAUUCUGAUACUAAGUUGUAAACGUGGAUACAUGCAAUAUUUUCUUAUUUAAUGCCAUUCCUGUUCAUGGGUGCGGAUAUUUAAUUUAGA